AGGAAUUUCAAGAAUGCAGAUAUCCGACUAUCUUAACAUAUAUUAUUUACAAAAUUUCGAACAAAACAACAACAAAAAAACGCCACACUUGAUUUAUACAUCUAUAACAAAAAAACGGAGACUCGAAACCUCAUCUUUGGAAUCUCCAACGAUCAUCCGGUUCGACGUGACGUCACGAAACUUCUAUAAAACAAUCAAGCAGGCCAGGUUCCGAAACAAACACACAACCGCUGCUCGUAGUGAAAGCUUACUUGAUCGAAGUAAACGUAAUUCAGUUGUUUUUUAUUUUGCGAAUUUAGAAAGUGAUAAUGUUCGGAAAAAUGUACGGUUUUGGACUAAUUUUGAGUGUUUUUGUGCUAAUUGGACAAUCGAAUGGAUCUGCUAUACCGAUGUGGGAGUAUCUCAGUAAACAGGAAAAAACUUCAUUCCUUUAUUCAGUGUUUGCCACCCAAGUUGAACAUUUCUGUGACGAAUCAACUUUGGACAAUUGCAAUCAACAAUUACUGAGAUACGGCUUGAACAAACUCAAAAGCUUACCCGAAGAAUAUUUAGAUUCUAUGGACCCUUACCAAAGAGGAGCAAAUCAAUUAAUUUGGGAUUCAAUGAUGGCCGGUCAUCCUUUGGCAAAAUCACUGUUGAAGCCUCGUUCAACAACCACAGCCAAGCCGAAUAGUUACGAAGCCGAACCAUUCGGUGAUUUUGAGCUUGGUUCUCAUGGAUCUGCAUCGGCGAAAAUUGACAACAUUGUAAUAGUACCAGCUCCGAAAGAAAUCGUGGAACAAUACAAGGCUCAAACGCAAUAUACUUAUCCCCAAAAUAUUGUUAGUUACUUGAAUGCUAUUGGUACACAGAAAAAAGGACCUUACAGAAGAUUCCAGGAGCAGUAUCCUACUAGUACCACUGCUAGGAUUACUACUGAAGCUCCUGUAGAUCCUAUGGACGAAGGAAUGUACCAGGAUGCUCCUUUGACAGGACCGAUGGUAGUUAGGGUGUACCCUGAUGGUACUCCCGUAAAAGAUUCAAUGCCACUUCCUCAAGAUGACGACUUAAGACAGUAUCAAAUGUCUCAAGUCAAAAUUCCCAAUUUCUAGCUUCUGUAAUCGAAGCUCGUCUUGAAAAUUGUGAUAUUUCUUGUAAAUAAUUUAUUACUGUAUGUGUAAAUGUUUUUUUAUUUAUUGAAUGUAUGUUUGUAUUUAUUUUAUUUUGUAGUGUUUAUGAUUUGUACAUGAACGUUUGAUCACAAGUACUGUGAUUUUUGCUUAGUAUCCAGUUUGUUCUGGACGUUACUCUUAAGUUGUGAUUUUUAUUUGUAAAUAAAUAUUUAGUUGUGAAAUUAAG